AUGGCCUUUAAUGCCUUGUAUAACGGGGUCACCAAUCACGACCUGGUGAAGUCGCUCGCCCUGGACCCAGUAACCACCAUACCACACUUACUGGACCGCUGCUACCAGUACGCCAACAUGUUUGAUAUCAUGAAGGUGAGGAAAGCGGUGGAUGCCAAGGCUCCAGAGAAGAAGAGAGCGAGCAACAAAGAUGAGAAGAAGAAAGAUACCAAGAGGGCGAGGUCAGAUCGAGACCAAAGCCCAGAUUACACCUCCCUUAACACCAGUAGGACCAAGAUCCUAAUGGAGGUGUAUGAUCAGGGUUUGCUGCAAUGGCCCAGGCCGAUGUUCUCUAGGCCUGAGGAUAGAAACAAGAACAAGUACUGCAAGUUCCACAACGAUGUCGGUCAUGACACCGAAGACUGCAGACAGUUAAAGAGAGAAAUUGAGGACGUAAUACAGAAAGGCCAUCUGAGGCGCUAUGUCAAGGAAGAUGGAAAAGAUAACUCCAGAGGUCGUGAAGCUGCAAGGAACGACCAUAGGAGAGAAGAUAGAGCCCGCAGAGGAGAUGAUCGAGAUCGUCGUGAGGACCGAAGCGAUGAUCACAGAGAGGUCCAGAGGAACCAGGAUGAUGCCAACACCUCCACAGCGCCUACCAUUCUCACCAUCCUGGGGGGACCAGGGCAGGAAUCAUCACGCAGGGCCAAGGCGAAAGCACGGUUCGUAGCAAUGGCCAAGAUGCCUGAGAAGAAGGUGCGAAUCGAGCCCGGGAUCACGUUCUCUGAUGAGGACAUGGAGGGGCUGAGCUGGCCACACGACGAUGCUGUCGUGGUUCAGGCGAUUAUAGCCAAUCGUCCCGUCCACAGAAUCUUGGUAGACAUAGGGGCAUCAGUGGACAUGCUGUCAUAUGAUGCCUAUUGA